CGUGAGAGGCAACGUUCGAGCAUUAAACAAAAGUGGUUAAAUUGCAUCACUCCGUUUUUUGCAAGCACCGAUCCCCACCGAAGCUCCCCCCCAUCGGCAGUGAAGCCGCAGGUUGCAUCUUUUCUACGAACGUGCCGUUUAUCAGAGAUCUUUGGCAAUGGUGAACCAUCCCGGCCUGGAGGAAGACAGUGGCGAUAAACUUGCUCGCAAGGCGCGUGAAUCCCCGUUCAUGCCGAUUGGUCUGGCUGGGCUAGCUGUCGUGUGCGGUAUCGGUGCGUACAAGUACAAAAACCGUGGAGGGAUGUCCACGUCGGUGUUCCUGAUGCAGCUUCGUGUUGCAGCUCAGGGUACGGUGGUGGGCGCCCUUUCUCUGGGGUUGGCCUAUUCAAUGGCGAACGAAUACAUCUUCAAUAAAAAACAUGAUUAGGGCCAUACUUCGGUGCUAUGUAUGAGCUGAUUAGGAUUUAAGUUGUUUAUAGUUGUAAAUAAGUAUUAAUCAUCUCUGGAACGAAAAUCAUCUAUUUAUUAGCCCCUUUCGAUUGAUUGUACCUGCUUCCUGAGAGGAUAAGCUAAAAGGAACCUUUCCAACGUGAAUGCUACACAAAGCAAGUGUAUGAUCAAAGAUCAAUUGCUGUGAUUUUAGCAUAUUUUUACUACCUAAGUGGAGGUAAAAAAAAAGGAGGAAAAUCAAUGUCAACUUAGAGAGGAUCAGAGGAGAAGGUAGAAAAACCCCAUUCUACGCUUGCAUGCAUGGGUGUAGUCCAAAGAGGAAAAGCGAAAAGUGAACAGAUUUUUUUCAAUGCGAUGAUGUCGACGAAACAGCCAAAGUUGGUCGCGAGACUCAUGGUGACUCAGCAAAAUUUCAACCUCCAAUCUGCGAUGGUUGGUGUGGCUUGCAUGCAGUUCCAAUGACAUUGAUUAGCACAUAUUACACAUACAUAUUAUAGGCAGGAUCUGAAGAAGCUACAUGGAAGAAUGAGACCGGUUUUAGCACACCUAUGUAACGAAGAUUUAUUGUGACAACAGUU